AUCCGAGCCGGGGUGGGACCUGGGGGCGGGGCGAUCCUGAGCCGCGUGUCCCACAGCCAUGGAGCAGGACGACCCGGCCGAGGCGGUGACAGAGCUGCGCGAGCGGCGCCUGGGCGCUCUGGAGCUGCUGCAGGCAGCGACGGGCUCAGGCCUGGCAGCCUACGCCGUGUGGGCCCUGCUGUUGCAGCCUGGCUUCCGUCGCGUACCGCUGCGGCUGCAGGUGCCGUACCUGGGCGCGAGCGCGCGGCAGGUGGAAAAUGUGCUAUCGUUGAUGCGAGGCCGCCGCGGAAACAUGGUGGAUCUGGGUUCUGGCGAUGGCAGGAUUGUGUUGGCGGCCCACAGGUGCAGUCUCCGCCCGGGUGAGCUGAACCCGUGCCUGGUGGGGCUGGUACCGCUACACGCGUGGAGGGCAGGCUGUUCCGGGAACGUCUGCUACCUCUGUUAGGAUCUCUGGAAGCUCCCAAUGCUGGAGGCCAAGCUACAGGCAGAGCUACCUGAGGGGGCCCGAGUGGUGUCUGGGUGCUUCCGCCUCCCCACCUGGGAGCCUGUGGCUGUGGUGGGUGAGGGCCUGGACCAAGUCUGGGCCUACGAUGUUCGCUGUGAUGGCCUAGCUGGGGAGGCUGCCUCCUCUCUGGGGGCCCCUAUCCAGGCUGCUGUGGACCGUGGGUCCUCUACCUCUCAGACCGGCUGUUGGACACAAUAA